GUGAAGAUAUAUUUCGGGUUUUUGGCCUACUUCUAAAUUACACCACCGCCACGCUAUUUUUCUUUUAAAAAAAAUAUUUCACUGUUGCCUGCUGCUGCUGCUUAUCAGGCAGUUUGUUAGUGAGUGAAUAAGUAAGGGCAGGAGGAGUGUGUGUUGAGACUGAGCACUGCUGCAGGCAGCUGUCACCUGACUCAGAGCCGUAUGCACAUCGAGACAACUUUUUACCAGUUGAAGGUAGGCUGUGUAAAUUGUCAUAAUAGAGAUACAUAUUUACAACCUUUUUUUCCCCAUAAAACAUUAACGCGCAUCAAAUAAAAAACGGCGACCAAGCACAGAAACGACUUUAGGCGCUCUAGAGCGCAUUCAGACCUUUCACUUUGCAGUAGUUUUCAGGCCUUGUGGGCGGGUUUUGAGUAGUCAUUGGUUAGAAAUUGAAUGUCGACCUGGCAACCCGGACUCUGUGACUGGACUUCACAGGCGAGGCGGGUGUGUGGCAGCUAACAUCUGGCGAAAAGCUCGUUGAAAACCUCUCCAACUCGGGUUGCAGAGACAUCUCUUAGCUACCAACCCUGUGGUCUGCCUCUAGCCCGUCUAUGAACUGAAGUUCCUCAUUUCUAAAAGAACAGACCGUCCCCAUCAUGUCUGCGGCGGCUCCCAACAGUAAGACCCAGUCCAGUCUCAGAGAAGACUUGACCUGUGCCAUCUGCUGUGACCUCUUUACUGAGCCAGUGAUGCUGGCGUGUAUGCACCACUUCUGUAAGCGCUGUAUCAGUACCUACUGGAGGGGUACCCAGACACCGGUAUCCUGUCCCCAGUGUAGGAAGGAAUUCACCACCAAACACUUCCAGACCAACUAUCUGGUGACGGCCAUGGUGGAGAAGGUUAGGGCCUCCACCUCGGACUGUUAUGUCAAGAAUAUACAGAAACAGCAGAAGGAUUCGUUGGAGGCCCACAGACAGAGACGAGAGGAUUUCAUCACUGUUCUAAACCGAGAUAAGGACAAGAUGGAGAGCAUCAAGAGAAUUGGCUAUGAGCUGCAGCUGCGUAUCCAGGGGGAGUUCCAGGCGAUGCAGGCCUUCCUUGCGGAGGAGGAGGCGUGUGUGUUGGAACGGCUGCGGAGGGAACAGGAGGGGGCUCUGGAACAGCUGCAGCGCCACAUGGCGGUCGUCAGAGAGGCUGUCAGUCAGCUGGAUCACAGUAUGAGACUCCUGCAUGAGGCUGCUACCACCACCUACCAGACUGGACUAGUAGAGUUUCCACAGCUACGGCCUCCAAUAGACGUGGAACCAGGACCAGAGCUAGACUUGAAUGGCUUCGGUAGUAGAUACAUGGCACCGCUACAGUACAUUACGUGGAGGAAGAUGUUCAAGUCUCUCAAACCUGGUCCGGCCCCGGUAACGUUCGAUGUGGACACGGCCCACCCUAGUGUCUAUGUAUCCAGAGACAGAACCAUCGCUGUAGACUGUGAUAGCAUGGUCCCCUACCAGCCCAACCCAAAGAGGUUCCUACAGUCUGUCAACGUGCUGGGGGCUCAGGGCUUCCAAGAUGGACGCCACUACUGGGAGGUAGGAGUGGGCAGCAAGGCCAAGUGGGACCUGGGUGUGGCGUCGGAGAGGGUUGACCGUCAGGCCCGGGUCAAGCUGAGUCCUGAGAGCGGUUACUGGACCCUACGACUGAGAGAGGGAGACCAGUACUCUGCAGGCACACAGCCCUGGACACGGCUUCAGGUCGGGUGGUCUCCCCAGAGGAUAGGGGUGUUCCUGGACUGUGAUGAGAGGAAGGUGUCCUUCUAUAACGCUGAUGACAUGAGUCUCCUGUACUCUUUUAGUAACGGCCCCAGAGGCAGAGUUCUGCCGUUCUUUAGCCCCUGUGUCAAUGAUACGAACCAGAAGCCACAGCCCAUACAGCUGCUGCACUAUCCUCCUGUUGACCUGACCUGUUAGGACAGGUGUUUUAAUGAUACUAGCCAGAAACCACAGCCCAUACAGCUGCUGCACUAUCCUCCUGUUGACCUGUUAGGACAGGUGUUUCAAUGAUACGAACCAGAAACGACAGCCCAUACAGCUGCUGCACUAUCCUCCUGUUGACCUGUUAGGACAGGUGUUUCAAUGAUACGAACCAGAAACGACAGCCCAUACAGCUGCUGCACUAUCCUCCUGUUGACCUGUUAGGACAGGUGUUUCAAUGAUACGAACCAGAAACGACAGCCCAUACAGCUGCUGCACUAUCCUCCUGUUGACCUGUUAGGACAGGUGUUUCAAUGAUACGAACCAGAAGCCACAGCCUAUACAGCUGCUGCACUAUCCUCCUGUUGACCUGUUAGGACAGGUGUGUGUAUAACAGGUGUGUGAAUAAUAGGUGUAUCAGACUGGUGUAUCAAUGACUACAGUCAGAAACCAUAUCCCAUAAUGCUCCUACACGCUCCCUUUGGUCCUGACUGGUGUCUUUGAGAUGUGUUUCUCUGAUCCUUGACUCUUUGAUUUGCCAGUUGAUGUAAUAGUUUGCCCAAAGUGUCUACUGUCUGAGCUUCCCAAGUCUAAAUCACCAAAACACUCCAUAUCACUUCCUUUCAUUCCUCUGUGAGGCGUUUACUUCCAAAGGGUUUUGCAAUGGAACAGUUGCUAUAGUAAAUGUUCUCAUCACCAGGACCCUCUUUAUCAGCAUGAUGCAUCAUGGGAAUCAUAACGUGGUCUCAUUUAUAAAGGUGCAGUAGAAAUAUAUAUUGUAAUAAAUUCUGCUUUAGUGGCUAUAUGUACUUUUCUUUUGGGGUGGCCAAAUUCACACAGAAAUGUGAGUUAUAGAUAUUUCAUUCUACGUAAACAAGUCUAAAAAGUGGUAGAUGUGUGUUAUUUCUAUGCUUAAAUUUGUUUUUUUUGCGGUUUUUGCUUUCGGUUUUGUACACAAGCUUCAACAAGCUGAAACAACAAUAUUUUUGGUGAUGGAAGGUAUAUUUCACAGCGGUUUAGAUGGUACAAUGAUUCUCUACACUAUACUACCUUAUUUUGUCACACAAACUGAAAUUAGGCAAACUACUAGAGUUUUAGAAACCAGGAAAUGGCAGAGCGAUUUCUGCAUAGUUGAUCUUUUUUAAGUUGCUCUUUUGACAAAAUGGGGCCCGUUGUCCAUUUUUUUUUUGUGGAUGUUUCCUCCUGUGUUUAAGAGUCGCUGUAGAUAUUGAUAUGUGCCAUAAUUACACUGCGUCAUUGAAUCACAAUGCUUUCUCAUCGGGGACUUAUGUUAUGCCUUCUCACCUUUUUUAUGUGAUCUCUAUUUUUAAUCGGUUCAAUAUAGCUUUAAAAAAAAAAAAAGUGUUUUAUUUCAUCACAGUACUUUUUGUUUUGAGUUCUUUGCGCUCAUUCAAUUUUUUUUUUCUCCUAAUCUUGAAAUAUAAAUAUGUAAAUGUGCAGUAUUCAUCUCAAUCAAUCUGUACUCAUCGGAUUAAACGAAGGACUGAUUUUAUUGUAAUCAGAAAAAGGCAAUUUUGAGGGGGGGGGGGGUGUGAUUUGACAAUAAACAAUGAACCAAAUCAAA